UUACAUUUAACUGUAACCUACACAAUCCUACAUCGUAGUCGUUCACCAAACGCUUCUUGGGACUUUCUGUAUGUCGAUACCAGAUGGUGACUUCGCGGAUGAAGACGGCCGGCGACAGCAACAGGCCGAGCCAUCGACCGAUUCUUCGGCCCGCGUGACCGCGUUUUUGUCACAAGCGGGUCUCGCUGAAAGCACGAUCGAUCCACUUUCCUUGGCUGCCUUGGAAGAGCUACUGCCAACGGUAGAAUCCGUCAAGAAUUCGUCGGGAUUGCUCCCCCUGGACGACGAGCACGCCGUUUUCCCAGCGGCAACAGAGUCGUUGGAUCCGAUCCCCGGUGCCGGCACGAAUAUUCCUUCUCUCUCCACUCCUUCUACCCGUUCUCUGGCUGGGGUUGGUGCCACGCCGUCGCACCCCUCUCUUUCUACACCUACCAUGACGAAAAGUCUCGUAAAUACCAACAAUCACGGCACUCCGAACGAUCCACCAAUUACUACGACGGAACAACUUAUUUUGGAAACGCUGGAAUACCAGACGCAAUUACUACUGAAACUGCAUCAACGAGUGGAGAAACUUUCCCAACGGAAUCCUCCACAAUCACAAGGGGACGCCUCGGUUAAGGCAAUCGAGUGUGAGUCCGAACAGGCCUCGACUACGGUCCCUGUCACCCCACCCAACGACCAGCCACCGCCCCAGCCUCGUGGUGGUGCCGCCCGACGUCCACUGGUUAUCCGUCGCAACCAGAGAAAUCGUCGUCCCAAUGUUGGAGAACAAUGGGGACAAACCCGUAUUUAUCGAUUAACCCGAUUACUGGUGGGACUGUAUCGGCAGCGGGUGCAGGAACUCGAUAUGGGGCUCAUGCUCAAAAUGCUAGUCAUGGUGGCCAUCUUGAUCGCCCGCAUUCAAGGUAGUCGUCACCGACGACAUCAAGAAACUCCCGAAGAAACUUCCUGGUUGUGGAUGUACCGAUUCUAUUUUUCGUCCUUCUUUAUUGUGGUAGCGUUUCUGUACCAAACCGGAUUCUUGUCGUUCGUCUACUGGUUCGUAGUGAAGGAAAAGUACGUGACCCGCAUUCUGCUGGAUGCGGAAGACUUGGAUGUGGAUGCGGAACUGGUACGGCAGCAACAGCGACCGGAACCACCCCGGCCGGUGCCUCGUGACGCCGAGCCGCAGCCUAACGCCGAAGGAGCGAACAACGAUGUGCAUGAGAAUCGUGAGGGACCGGUGGGCGGUGCUGUUCGUGACGGCGACUGGCAAAACACAGUUUUCGGAGGCCGCAUUGCACCGCCUGGUCAAGGGGUAAUCGGUGUGGCACAGGAUAUCGGGUACUUGUUGAUCACAUUUUUCCUCUCCAUCUUUCCCAUGUGGCAGCCGGAACGACCUCCGCAGCCAGUGGAAAAUCGCGCAGACCCAGAGGCGGACGAAUUGCCGCAAGACAUACAGCAGCCAGAGAACGGCCCCGGUGAACUGCCUCAAGUUCGAGACCCCGUAAAUCCAGUUGAAUCGGAAUCUGAGAGCGAAGUCGAAGAUGACAGCGACUAAGGACGUUACGGAUUGCGGUCUAUAUCCUCGUGUCUUCGAGGCAUGCAAAGGCAAACACUCACCUAUCUCGUAUGCAGACGAGCUCGUUUGGAUUCUUGCGGUGAAUACUUGCAUGGACGGGUAUUGCACUUCUUCCAAGUUGACCGAGGCCCUGGAGGAUAGCAGAUUGAUGCAUUAC